AUGCAAAAGGUUCAGGAAGAAGCUGAAACUACCCUCGGCAUGCUGGCAUUUGACGCAUUUCCGCGAUUUCUGAAGUCAAAAUACAGCAAGGCCGUCAUGGAAGACCUCAAGACAGGGUCGAACCCCAACGAGGUGGCAGCUCUCGAAGGAGCUAUUAACACUUCUGAAUCGAAGCAACCUGGUGACGCUGACGAAUGGCUCAACAUGUUCGUGUCCACCGCUGAGUUCUUCCCGGCGUGCAUCGUCAUCUCCGACAUGACCAUCCCUGGCGCCCCCAUGGUGUACAUCAAUGGAGAGUUCACCAAGACCACCGGUUACACCAAGGAGGAGGCGGUCGGACGAAACUGCCGUUUCCUCCAGGGUCCAGAGACGGAGCCCGAGUCCAUCGCCGUCAUCCGCAACACUCUCUCCAAGGGUCAGGACUGCCACGUUAAGCUCACCAACUACCGCAAGAAUGGCGAGAAGUUCCAGAACCUCCUGUCCAUGAAGCCUGUGUUCGACGCAGACAACAUUUACCGGUACGUGAUCGGCGUGCAGUUCGAAAUCCUCCAGGACGAAGGGUUGAAGAAGCGUCUGGUGCAGUUGGACAAGCUCCUGCGCCUGCUUCCUAGCCGACUGAACCUCAAGUCCAAGGCUAAGGCUAGAAUGAGGGGGAAGAUGGCUUCCAAAAUGAACGGCGAGGCAAACUCGGCAUUGCAAGACAAGGAGUCUAUUGUCAAAGCUGAAGCUGCUGAGGGCGACGUGACUAUGUCAGGCCCAAGGGCUAUGGUCGAGGAUGAGGUUGACAUGGACUGCGCCCGCAUGAACUUCGACAACACGAUAUUUUCGUUCACGAGAAUCAUGUGGCUCAGUAACCCGACCAAGUACCUGUCUGCCCUCGUGGCCGACUGGCCAUGCCGAGCUGUCCUCUCCGAGUUCGUCAAGACGUGUUCCGUGGUGUACGAGGGUCACUUCGAAUUUUUCGUGCAGUCCGAAGUGCUCCGCAACACGCCUCCUGGGGACAAGGAAAAAGUGUCGAAGGCUAUGCACCGGGUCAUGGACCACAACCAGCUGUUUUAUUGCACCAACAACGAGAUCGUCAUUGGCGACAUGCCCAAGACCAACAUGGACCCGAUCCACGCCGAGAUUGAGUUGAAGGCACAGCAGUCCCUGUACUUCUUGGCACACGACAUGUUUCCUCGCUUCCUGAACUCGAGAUUCGGGCUGUCUCUCAUCAAGCAGCUUCGCGCACGUGAAGUUGCUGGGGAGAAGCCGCCAAUCAACACCGUCGCUCUAGACAAGAACUCGAGUUCUUCGCAGUUCUGGCUGGAAAUGUUCAAGACCAUGUCUGAGACGGUAUCCAUCGGGAUGGUGGUGGCCGAUAUGAACGUCCCUGGAUGUCCCCUCGCUUACGUAAACGAGGGAUUCAAAACUCUCACCGGCUACGGCAAGGAGAACAUUGGACGAAACUGCAAGUUCUUGCAGGGGGAAGAAACCGAGGGGUACAUGGUGGAGGAGAUCAUGCACGCUCUGCAGCAACACGAACCCCUGUGCUGCAAGCUUCACAACCACAAGGCUGACGGCCGAAAGUUCCAAAACCUCCUCUGCCUCCACCCUGUAUUCGGCAAAGAAGGAGAGUACCUGUACCAAGACAUCCAACGCAUAAUCCCGGUGGAUUACACCGGCGACGGAAACUUGCCUCCCCGUGUGUUAGACAUGUCGGCUAUUCCAUCGACCGGGUCUGGAACGGGGGGCGGUAUGGUGGGGGGUAUGAUGGGAAUGCCUGGUAUGGGUAUGCCUCCGUCCGCGGCCGGAGGUGCGGCAAAGGCUGCUGACCAAGAGGUUGGAGAUCAGAUCAAAUCUGAAAUCACCGUGGGUGGCAAGAAGAAUAAGACUCACUAUGGGAAGAAAUUCGGGAAGAAGCACAAGUCUGCCAUGCUCGACUUCACCAAGUCACUGUGGAUGCAGGAUGCUGCUGCAUCUCUCAAAAAUGUUCUUAAGAGCGAGGUGGCGCAGAAACAAAUGCUUGCCUUCUUGGGGACCGAGUACGGCGACGCCCAGCUUGAAUUCUUCCUUGAAGCGCAGAAGAUGGCCGACCUCGAAGGACAGGCACAGCAGGAUGCCGCCCUGAAAGUUUACACUCAGUUCGUUGCAGCCCAGGGGUCAGGCAUAGGGGCCCAAGACCGCACCAAAGGAACCCAAGAGCUUUGGGACAAGUGCAACAAAGAAGCUGGUGAUACGGUAGACGGCCCCACUGCUGUCGCGAUUGUGACCGACGAGGCAGAGAAGACCCUCAAUAUGCUCGCCUUCGACGCUUUCCCCCGGUUCCUGAAGUCCAAAUACUGCCAAGCCGUCAUGGACGACCUCAAGAAGAAAUCCGGCGGGGACUCGUCGGCACUGGAGGGUGCACUGUCCUCAGCUGGGUCGAAUAUGCCUCAAGACGCGGACGACUGGCUCAACAUGUUCAUCUCUUCGGCCGAGUCAUUCCCGGCGUGCAUCGUCAUCUCCGACAUGACCAUCCCUGGCGCCCCCAUGGUGUACAUCAACGGAGAGUUCACCAAGACCACCGGUUACACCAAGGAGGAGGCGGUCGGACGAAACUGCCGUUUCCUCCAGGGUCCAGAGACGGAGCCCGAGUCCAUCGCCGUCAUCCGCAACACUCUCUCCAAGGGUCAGGACUGCCACGUUAAGCUCACCAACUACCGCAAGAAUGGCGAGAAGUUCCAGAACCUCCUGUCCAUGAAGCCUGUGUUCGACGCAGACAACAUUUACCGGUACGUGAUCGGCGUGCAGUUCGAAAUCCUGGAAGACAAGGGGUUGAAGAAGCGUCUGGUGCAGUUGGACAAGCUCUUACGCCUGCUUCCUAGCCGACUGAACCUCAAGUCCAAGGCGUCGGCUCAGGCACGUGGCGCUUUGGCAGCGAAAACAACCGGUGAAGCCAACACUAUGAUUUCCGCUAAGGAGCAAAUCCUGAGUGCUGGCGAGCAACGGGAAGAUAAAGAGGCAGCGACAAGCGGCGCCCGUCCCAAGCAGAAGUUCAAGAAGAAAAAGAAGGCCGCGGGGGCGACCCAGGCCGACAACUACGAUGGUACAAUCUUCGCCUUCACGAAGAUCAUGUGGCUGCAAGACGCCGUUACCACGCUGCGAUCUAUGCUCAUGGACCAAGCAGGUUUCAUGGCCUUCAAUGGUUUCCUCAAGCAAUGUGGCUCCCAAUUGUCGCAGACUCACCUGCGUUUUUGGGUUGAAGCGCAACAGAUUCUGAUGUCCCAAGGACCGCAGCAGGUUAAAGCCGCCCGGCAGUUGCACAUGCGGAUGUGGAAGAACUCGCUCUUCUACUGCACCACAAACGAGAUCGCCAUCGGCAAUCUCAAUCGCACCGGGUGGCCUCCCCUGAUCCAGGAGAUGGCUAGGUGGCAGGAACUGAGCCUGUACUUCCUGGCGCAGGACUGUUUCACUCGCUUUAUGGAAGCCCCGCAAUCCCGCGAGUUCGUGUAUGCUCUUGUGCAGCGCGAGGUCAACGGAGAACAACUCCCCGUCAAGACUGUCUCCUUCGGGCUGGACCCGGAUUCCCCGGGAUACUGGAUGGACAUGCUCAAGGCGAUGUCGGAAACCCUACGAAUCGGGUUGGUGGUCAGCGACAUGUUCGUCCCGGGUUGCCCGUUGGCAUACCUCAACGAGGGCUUUACUGCCCAAACAGGAUACGGCAAGGAGAACAUCGGGCGUAACGCCAAGUUCCUUCAGGGCCCCAUGACGGAGGGUUACAUGGUCGAAGAGAUCGUCGAAUCGCUGCGCCACGCUGACCCGCUUUUCUGCAAGCUGCAGAACCACAAGCCAGACGGUUCUGUCUAUCAGUUGUGUCUGUGCCUGACGCCCGUCUUCAACGUUGACGGAGAGUACAAGUAUCAGAUUGGAUGCCAAGUCGACUACGACCCGAACAACCCGGAAACGCCGAUGUUCAUCAUGGAACUUGAGCGGGUUGUCAGGAACUUGCCCCAGACUAUCACAGGGGAAACCCCGAAGGCCAUGCCCACCCGUACCCAGGAGCUAGAGGACUUCCUCGCGUCGAUAAGCGCCGGCGGGACGGGUGCUGGUCCAGGAGGGCUGACGGCUUCACCACCGUCGGGAAGUGCCCCCUCUGGUGGAGGGCACCCCAGGCCUGGCGCCUCGUGGACGCCCGCUUAAAAGAUGGCACAGCUUGUACCACUAAUAGUUACAAAGUACACAUAGUACAAUAAACGCGCGUACACACCGCCGUCCCGACCCUGGGUAACCUCACCUUCACGCACUGCUUCACAUAGUUUUGAGAAUGACGCUUCAAACAAGUGUCUGGAACUGUUCCUCCGUGGGGUGGUGGGUGGUGGAUGAUGGUGGUAAAAGCGCUGUCGUGCGGACCUUCGUCCAAGUGGGCGAAGGUGGAUGCAUCAUAUUUGUCAAGCUGGGGGGGAAGGUUAGAUUGUCGAGCCAACGAAGCCCGGGUACUACUGCGUUCCCACAGGGCAACGAAUCACAGCAUGUAAUUCGAGCUGGAAGUUGUUAGGGCAGAGGUUUGGAGUCCGUAGGCCUCGUUCGCAGAUUUUGGUGAAUUGUGCAAGAAACGUUAAAGGAGGUUUUCCUAUAUUUUUUCAGGUAGACUAUAGGAAGCAUCGAGGAUCAUGUUCCGCGGCGAACGCUGUCUGUAUGGACAGGCGACCAUUAACUGAUAGGAUACAGACACAACGAGGAGCUUGCGUGGG